GAGGGGGCGGGGCGGGGGGUCGUGAGGCGCCGCUGUCAGCGCCGCUCCCGGCCAGGCCCCGCGCAGCCAGGACAGCCCGCUCAGCCCGCCCAGCCCGCGGCGCGGCGCGGCAGGACCAUGUCGGCCACGGACGAGCGGGCCAAGGAGAUCCUGAGGGGCUUCAAGCUAAAUUGGAUGAAUCUUCGGGAUGCAGAAACGGGGAAAAUCCUCUGGCAAGGAACAGAAGAUCUGUCUGUACCUGGAGUGGAGCAUGAAGCUCGAGUUCCUAAAAAAAUCCUGAAAUGCAAAGCAGUGUCUCGGGAGUUGAACUUUUCCUCAGCAGAACAGAUGGAAAAAUUCCGACUGGAACAGAAAGUUUAUUUCAAAGGGCAGUGUUUAGAAGAAUGGUUCUUUGAAUUCGGUUUUGUGAUUCCUAACUCCACAAACACUUGGCAGUCUUUGAUAGAGGCAGCACCGGAAUCACAGAUGAUGUCAGCAAACGUUUUAACCGGUAAUGUUAUUAUAGAAACCAAAUUCUACGACGACGACCUUCUUGUAAGCACUUCCAGAGUGAGACUUUUCUACGUUUGAGACGGGGCUUUUUGGAGCUGUUUUAGUUUUCCUCCGCGCAGUUCCUGGUGCAGAACCUCCUGACUAUCCAGUGGAAGACACUCCCGUAGGCGGUGACCCUGGGGACCACCUCACCGUGGGUUGUGACCUUUGCCCAUCGCUUCUUUUGCUUUUCUUCUCUGACCAGACCCCAUCAAACCCUCAGAGGCAGCAGCAGCUGCUCGGCAGCGCAGUGGGGAACAGAGGCUGUCUCUGACAACGGGCCCACGAUGGUCAUGCAGAACCAAUACUGUAAAUUAUGUUAGUUUUGCCUCCUUUGUACUUCUCUGGAUCCCGUUACAAAGCUCCCCGUUCCACUCACACCCAACUCCACUCGUUUCCUUUUGGAGGGAUGAAUUUCACCUUUCCGUUUUCUCACAUCGUAGGUUUUUAUCCUUUCACUGGGUUUCUGUGUAACUGGUCCACGCUUCCUCUUCCCCCCCGACCUUGUAAAAUAGACUGUGAGAUCACCCGAUGUAAUUACGACUUCUUUCUCAAUUAAAACAUUCCUACCGUCCAAAGAAGGGAA